AUGUUUCUAUUUGUGCUCUUUUCUCUAAUUCUGGCAAGACAAAUCGAAAUUAAACCACAAGGAACAUUCGAAUUCUACGAUCUUGUGACCAAGAACGAGAUAUACAAAUUUAAAUAUAGUACACAAGGUGAUGUUGAUGUUUCUCUCAUCGAUCCAAAGGGUAGAACCAUAUUUACCGACUCAGUAAAGAGUGCUGCAUUGUUCACUAAUGUUUCGAGCGAAGGAAAGAUAAAAGUCAUUGUCAAGAAUAAAACUAAGCUUCCAAUAGACUUUUCAUACAAAUCACCUGAUCCAAACAAGGAGCUGUUAGGACACUUAGGAUACGUCAAGGACGUUGACCUGGUUUCUGAGCUGGCGCGUCUCUUGGAUCAGCUUAUUACCGAUCAAAGCAAACAAAUCACGAGAACAUACGAACACCAAAAAAUGGUAGCAAGCUCAAGGUUCUGGGCCAGGAUUCUUAUGAUUUCCGAAUUGGUAAUGACAGCUAUUGCUGUUUAUGUAAUUCAUAAGGAUUUUGUGGGGAUGUUUGAGAAAAAACAGACACUUUAA